AUGGAGCCUUGGAUCAAAGAGGAGCCAGAGAUUGUGCGCCCUGGUCCGCUUGAUGAGAGUCAUUGUUGGCGACAACGAUAUCAUCGAUCAGAGGACAAUUGGAAUGGCAAGGACCUGGGCCCACUUACGUGCCGUGGUCACACUAAGGAGAUGGCAAACAUUCAGAUGCAAGAUAAUCGAGUGAUUGACAUUAUCAAGUUGCUAAGACUGGAAGGAUUGUUUAGGGCCCCUUCCAGAGAGAUAGAUCAUUGCCUAAUAUCGGCUCUAAUUGAGCGAUGGCGGCCGGAGACUCAUAUGUUCCAUUUUCCACAUGGUGAGAUGUCAAUCACCCUACAAGAUGUGGAGGUCAUUUUCGAACUUCCUAUAGACAGUGAGGUCUUGGUUGGGCCGACUACUGUGGUUGAUGGGGAUUGGAGGCGACUGUGCAUGGAGUUGCUUGGUUUUACUCCGACGAAUGACAAAAAAGUUUUGGUGGGGCAAAGAAUUCUCAUUAACCGCCUUGUUGACGCUAUUGUAGAGCCACUGCCUCAUGACGCAACGGAGGUUCAGAUACAUCAGUAUGUCCGGUGCUAUAUUUUAGCGCUACUAGGGGAUAAGCUUUUCGUGAACAAGUCGGGAGAUAAGGUGCAUCUGAUGUUGUUGGAGUUCCUAUGA